CAUGCCCCCCGCCCCGGUGCAUGCUCCGCCCCUCGACUUGUGCAUGUAUGUGUGUGCGUGUGUCCCCUCCCGUGCAUGUCCCCCGCCCCGCACACACGUGCCCUGCCCAGUGCCACCCUGCGCUGCAGGCCCUGGCACACGCAUCUUCCCCACGUGCCCUGCACACGCGUGUGCACGCACACAUGCACACGUGUGUGCUGUGCGUGCCCUGUCACCUGCUGCGUGCUUCUCCCGGUACCCGAAUGACGGCUUCGAGUCACGCUCGGUUGGCACUGCUCCCAGAAAGCACCAAAACUCCCGCCCUUUCCUUCCUGGCCGCCCUCGCCGCCGGUGCGCACCGGCCCGCGGGUGCCCGGGGACGUUGUUCUGGCUGCGCCGGCGUUCCCGCCUGCACCGGAAAAUGCGUCUUUAGGCAGGCGGGCAUCUUCCAGAAGCGUUUUUCUCCAGCGAGCACUGGCGUGGGCGAGGGUCAGGGAGCCCUUUUUGGUGCAGCCCAGUGGUGACACGUCUGCGGGCAUAACCCGAGCGGCGAGCGCCGAGGCGGGAUGAGGGGGAAACUCUUUGGGAAAGCGCCUGUUUUGUAUUAUUGGCUGUUAGGUCAUGGGUGGGUUUGGCUCCAUCUCGGGGUCGGUAGAUCCUUGUCGCCCAAACUUUGGAAAAUGCUCCGUGCAGAUAUCUUGUUUCCCGGUCACGUGUGCUGACAGGCGCGGGGCUGGAGUGGGGUUUGUAAAGCGCUUUGGGACGUUUUGGGUUGAGAAGAAGCUUUUUUGGAAACCACAGGCUGGGAGAGAAGAUGAAAAGCUGAGGUUCAUUAUCAGUCAUUGCAGCGUUUAGGGUCUCUUACAGCGCGGACUUCGUGGUGCGGGUUGCGUGGUGCGCUGUGGCAGCAGUUAGGCUGGAUUUGAGGGAACCUACCAGCAUUUAUUCCUAAAAAAAAGAGGGGAAAAACCCAGCGUGUGCUGUAACUGCGCAUUAUCUGGGCAGGGGGUUUGUGGUGGUGGCUCUGGUUUGCGCAGGAGCUACCUUUCUCCCAGCAAACCCCGGGGUGAGCGCCGCGGUGCCCCCCGACCUUCCCCGCUCGCUAAACGAGGGGUCCCUUGUUUGCCAAACCCCAAACCUCCCCCCGCGCUUGGCUCAGCUGCCGGCGGCAGUGACGCCGGUAGGCACAAGGGCUGAUGUUUUUCCCUGGCGAGAGCUGGAGAAAAAACCCACCGUCUAAAAUACACUCCCGGCAUUGAAGCAAGAAAUAAUUUGGGAUCUGUGCCGGGUCUGACCCCUGCGGCGCGUGAUUGCGAACAGCUGGGAGGGCUCCGGCGGCAGCGUGGCCUCCCGGCUCCGCCUGCGCUGCUGUCGCCCUCCCAGCUCUUGCUCCUCUUCUUCGCUUUGUGUUUUGGGGGCAUGGUGGGGUGAAGGAUUUUGGCUUGUCACCCUCGGCUGUGGGCUGAGCGCCCAAGCGGGAUCUGGCAUUCAAAGGUCUGCUGGAAAGCUCCAAAAACUGACUCUUCGGGAGGGUUUUCCUUCCCCUGGUUGUAAUGGUGCCUAUCUCCUCCUUCCCGCUCCCCGCCCCGGGAAGGAAAGGGAAGGCGAAACGAAACCCCGAAGGAAAUGAAAAGCAGCUUCCCACCAUCGGUGCUGCCUUCCCUGCACCUGGCACUGCAUUGAAACCAGUGUGUGGAGAUUUGGCACCACCGUCUAUGCGGUGGCAGCACCAACAUCGCCACAUCGGCUCCUCAAGCCCUCAGAGGGGUAGUUCCCAAAUCCCGGUGCUCGGGGUAUCUGAGAGCAAGGGUUUAAGGUGAUGCUGGAGAAAACACUGGUCUGGUGGUUAAUUCCUGCAGUCCCAUCCAGGUGUACAGGAGAUUCGGGAGCAGAACUGCUUAACCAGCUUGCUGGUGUUCAUCAGAAAACCUGUUGUAUGACAGAAAAAACGACAUUAUCUGGAAUGCCCCCGGUGAUCCCCAGACGCUACAAAGUCCGGCGUGUUCCUUGGGCAGGGCGAGAUGGGAGAUGAGCAGGGGAACGGGGAAUGGCUCUUGCUCGGUCACCACCACGGCCCCUUUGAUCCCAGUGACAGCGGUGAAGUCCCCGAGCGCUGCGGGACGUGUGGCCCUGGUGUGAGGUGCUGCCCCCAGCACACCCCUCUAUCCAUUUUGUACCCUGUCCUGCUUUUCCUCCUGUGUUCUUUAUGACUCCUAAAUAGCUGUUAAUUUUCUACUCGGGGAGGGCAAAGCAAGCGGAGCACGCACAGUUAUUCAUAAAACCGCUCGUAAAUCUUGAGUGUCCUUUGAAGCGGGACGUGGUUUGGAGUAACCCUUCCCGGGAUAGCUGGAGGUCGAGAGGAGCAGCGAGCUACCCUUCCCUUCCUCAGGAAACUUUUCUUGUCUGAGGUAGCGUGCAAAACAGCGCUGUGUAAAUCAGAUGUGCAAAAAAAAAGCUGGAUUUGCCAUUAAAAUGCUGCCACUUCGUGAUGGGGAACUUAACAUCUCUUGCAGUGAGGAGGGGAGGGUAUGGGUGCAAGCGCCCCGUGGCUCAGGGUUAAUCCUCCCUCUCGCACAAGCAGCAGCUCCUUGAACUUGGACUCCGUGGCCCAAGUUAUGCCCCAAACACCCAACAAACACCCAACCAACACCCGCGACCCCCAGCCUGCUGGGUGACACUUGCUGACAAGCCCAGGCAGGGUGGCAGAGGUGACAGAUUUGUUGGCAGUGUGACAGCACGUGGCUUUUUUGGUGCACCACAGGGCACCUCUCCCUCCUCCCAAACCCCGUCAGCCUUCAGCCUCGCUGCGAUGUGCAUCCUCGCUUGCCGUGCUCCUCGCAGAGGGUGUUGCAGUGGGAAAGAGGAGGACAGCACGUGCUGCUGGAGCCAUGGGAUAUUAUCUCUUUCGCCAUGCCUGGGUGUCCCUUGCUUUUAAGGAAACCUAUAAAAACACUUGUUUCUUUUAAAACAGCAAUAAAAUGGACAAACCCAAAGAAAUGAGGCAGGCAAGCUGCUCCAGGAUCGGCUUUGCUAGCAGAGCUACACCAACACAAGGAAAACUCAUCGUGUCCAAGAUGGCGAGCGUGCUGUCCAGGCGGCUGGGGAAGCGCUCCCUGCUCGGCACCCGCGUCUCUGCCCCCGCCGCCUUGGCCGAGGGGGUGCUGGUGGCCACCCAGAUCCCUGGCUUGCCCACCAGUGACCUCGGCCGGGUGUCUGCACCACGAGACGAUGGAUCCUGCGCGCUGCCGGCAGAGGAGAGCGGCCCUGCACUCCAGUUCCCCAGCCCCGGCUGCCAGCAGCUCCACACCGGGCAGCAGGUCCUCGUCACCUACAACGGGCAGGAGUGUCCCGGCCUGGUGGAGCAGCACAACCUGCUGAGCGACAAGGUGAAGGUGCCACUGCCAGAUCAGGGUUUGCAGCCGUGCUGGAGGGUGCAGGACGUGCAGCCCCCUGCCCUGCCCACGGCCGGCAGUCCCGGCCCCUCUGAGGCGCUGCAGAGAUCCGUAUCCAGCAAUAUCGACGUGCCCAAGAGGAAAGCUGACGCUGCUGUGGACAUGGACGAGAUGGUGGCAGCCAUGGUGCUGACGAGCCUCUCCUGCAGCCCCGUGGUGCAGAGCCCUCCCACCGGCGAGAGCAGCAUCCCCCCCACACGGGCGCCGUGCGAUCCCUGGAAGGAGAGCGGCGACGUCUCGGACAGCGGCAGCAGCACCACCAGCGGGCACUGGAGCGGGGGCAGCGGCAUCUCCACCCCUUCGCCGCCCCACCCCGCCGGAAGCCCCAAAUACUCCAGCGAGGCCCUGAGCUCCCCCCAGGCAGACGAUGGCUUCGAGACUGACUCCGACCCCUUUCUCCUUGAUGAACCCGCUCCGCGCAAGAGAAAGAAUUCGGUGAAGGUGAUGUACAAGUGCCUGUGGCCGAGCUGUGGCAAGGUCCUGCGCUCCAUCGUUGGCAUCAAGCGGCACGUCAAGACCCAGCACCUUGGGGAUGGCGCAGACUCUGACCAGCGGAAGCGGGAGGAGGAUUUCUACUACACUGAAGUGCAGGUGAAGGAAGAGCCGACGCCGGAGGCCACCACUGCCACCAGCCCCACGUCCGCGUCCGCCCCCAUCAUCAUCCAGCCGGCGCUGGCGAAGCCGGAGGCGCUGCUGGUAGAGCAGCCGGCGCUGGAGCCCGCGCUGGCUGGCAGCGCCCUCAGCCAGUCUGCCCCCGGCUCCUUCUGGCACAUCCAGGCUGAUCACGCCUACCAGGCAUUGCCCUCGAUCCAAAUUCCAGUGUCCCCGCACAUCUUCACCAGCAUCAGCUGGGCCACUGCGACCUCGACUCUCCCGUCCCUGUCACCGGUGCGGAGCCGGUCGCUCAGCUUCAGCGAACCCCAACCACCGACGCCGAUGCUCAAGUCCCACCUGAUCGUCGCCUCGCCACCCAGGGUGUCCAUCGGCACCAGAAAAGUCCGCGGCGAAGCCAAAAAGUGCCGUAAGGUUUAUGGCAUCGAGCACCGGGACCAGUGGUGCACGGCCUGCCGGUGGAAAAAAGCCUGCCAGCGAUUCCUGGACUGAGCGGCACCGCGGUGCCACGUCCCUCCCCGCUCCCCCCGGGGACACCCGAGUCCCUCAGUGCUGCAACCAGGGACCUUGGAGGUACCUCCUGUCACCCCAGAAGACGCCUCCAGAGCUGCAUGUAAAUUCCUCCUUCUGUAUAUUGUACAUCUGCUGGGUUUGCUCUUUUGUUUUUUUAAAGAAAAUCCUUUUUCCAACUUUUUUUUUUUUAACCUGAAGAAUAUUUCCCUUUGUACGGUAUAAGUUUUGGGCUGGGAGGGAAGUCGGUUCCUCAGGGUUUGGGGGAGAUUGUGGGUGAUCUGGGGACCAAAGAGCUUCCUGCAUUUCCCAGUUCAGCCCUAAUAAUCUCCCGAACUGUCGCAGCGUUGAGGCCACUUCUCAUGUCCUUUGACUACCUAAAAAGUGCAAAUCUCUGGUGACCUUUAAGAGAAGGGGUCGGUAAUGAUCAUAGCUUAUAGAAAAUGCGCUUGGGUUGCUGCAAGCAAGGCAGGAGCAUUUUUGGAGCAGGAGCCGGAGGUUUCUCUCCCUGUGUGGUUGAAGCUUUUGCUCGUGUUGUGUCCCACCGGUAGCUCCAACCUGCGCCUGUCUCCGGUUGGUUCCCACGCUUCAUUUUUGGAGGGGGGAAAAAACCACCCCAAACAUAUUAAUCAGGAAGACUCUGAGAAUGAAGGCAAAACUCAGUGUUCUUCUCAUUUUAGGCUUCAUAAGUUGGUUUAGCUCCAUGAAAAGCUACAUUGUGGCCCUCGCUGUGUCUUUCAAAACCAGACUGAGCAAUUUUAUCUUUCAAUGUAAUGAUUCCACCCAUACAGGCCGCUGGGAGGGCUGGGACGCAUCACCGCAUGGCCACAAUUCAGCGAAACACUUUAAAUUUGCUUUUAAAUCCCAUCACGCUGGGUGGGAAUCAGUUUUCUGACCUUCCAUCCUUUAAAAUACUUUACCCGACCCGAAUUGCUCCUGGUUUCACUAUUGUGACUAUCACACCUACACCAGCAUUGCUUGUGAUGUCGCGAUGUCCCGCGUUGCCCCGUCGCCUUUUCUCCCCAGUUUGGACCGUGUUUUUUACUACUUUUCGCUGCGUUUUCGAUAAUCAUAGUCCGUAUAAUCACAGCCGCUCAGCCCAAAGCGAUCCCUGCGCCUGGGGUGUUUUAUAAGGACUCAACUUCCCUCCUAAAAGCAACUCAAGCGCUUGGGAGAGUCCCAUAUUGCUCCCAUUGUCGAAGGGGUUGGGCGAAGCAGGUUGAGAGACAUUCAUCUGUAUUACUGGUGCUUGUCCAUGCGUUUGAGUAUAAUUUUAUGUCGUUUGUUUGUAAUUUUGUACAUAUAUAUUGUCCUGCGAUCUGUUUGCUCCGGUAUCCAAGUGAUGGAUGCAAAAAUUAGGCUACUAGAAAGUAAGAAAAAAGCACCGUGUGUGAUACCCCCGGAUGGCUCAAAUUCAGGGGAAACAAAGAGGUUUAUCUCCUGGAGAUCCAUCCUCCUAUCCCCGUUUUAGGAGCAAAAUGUUGGGAAGAGCCUUUUCCCCUCGGAGACUCUUUGCGGGUUCCCAAGUUGAGCGUUUUAUGGCUUUGCAAAGCACUGGUGACAAUUCAUCGCGUGGCGGGGUUGUUGCACUACUCAAAAAGAGGUCAUUUUUAAAAAAAUGGUUAAAAACCCCCAUGUUUUUGCUGCUGCAGCGUCCGACCUGCAUCACGUUACAGAGCUUGGCUCAUUUAUCCCCCUGCGAUCCCAUUUUUCGGCAAUGCCGGAGUUGCCGGUGCUUUCCAGAAAUGAGCCGGUGCUUCGGCGAAUCCCACACAGCUACAUUUUAAUUUUCCGAAUAUUUAUUAAAAACGGUGCUCGGAGCAUGGAAGGCAAAAAGAAUAAGGGUUAAUUUACUCUUUUCCUCAAUCCUUGUGCCUUUCUCCCCAUGAUUCAACCCCAGGCAGGACCGGAGAUGGAACUUAUUGCUUUUGAUGCCCUUUUUGCCCCAAAACGGUGCCAGGCGCUGGUGGGACACGACUCGGCUCCCAGCAAAAUCACUCAGGAAAUGUCAAACGAAGCCAUUGGGGUUCAUUUUGGGGUUCAUUUCCUUCUCUUCCCCCCCCCUUUCCUUCUCUUCCCCCCCCCUUUCCUUCUCUUCCCCCCCCUUUCCUUCUCUUCCCCCCCCCUUUCCUUCUCUUCCCCCCCCCUUUCCUUCUCUUCCCCCCCCCUUUCCUUCUCUUCCCCCCCCCUUUCCUUCUCUUCCCCCCCCCUUUCCUUCUCUUCCCCCCCCCUUUCCUUCUCUUCCCCCCCCUUUCCUUCUCUUCCCCCCCCCUUUCCUUCUCUUCCCCCCCCUUUCCUUCUCUUCCCCCCCCCUUUCCUUCUCUUCCCCCCCCCUUUCCUUCUCUUCCCCCCCCCUUUCCUUCUCUUCCCCCCCCUUUCCUUCUCUUCCCCCCCCCUUUCCUUUCCUUUUUCCCUUUUCCUCUUUUUUCCCCUUUUCCUUUAUCUCUAUUUUUUCAAUGAACAAAUCAAUUCAGGGCCUGUUCUUUUCUUUUCUCCUCCUACUUUGGGCCCAUUUCAGCAAUUUUACGCUUGAAAGAAGAAAACCCCCCUCCUGUUGUUGCAGAACCAGCAGCACGGCUUCCUCCGUGUCUAUCAGGUUGCUUCAUGCUGGAGAUACAUUUUUAUAUAUAUAUACUUAUCUUUUCCCCCUAUUAUUUCCCUUUCCUCUUCCUUUUUAACUCACUUCCAGCCACCUCCCGACCAUUGGACUUCUCCUCCAACACUCGAGCCUCAUUGAUCUCACAAAGACUUUGGCCUCAACCUCUAAAUCCUCCCCGGCGCAUGUACAUGUAUGUAUAUAGGACCCUCUUAAUUGGGCGCUCAUUAAUUAGGGACUGCUCCCCCAUCUCCAGCCGGGACCCCGAAAGGCAAAGCGAGUCGGUUUAGCGCAGGGUGACCCCUGGUUGUCACUCGGUGCCCCCGUUGAGUUGUCACCGGGGGGUUGGGGACAUUGUCACCGUGGCCGUGCCCCCAUGGGGCCACCGGCCGAGCGGGGCCGAUGAUCAAGUGAAUAUUGUCGUUUUGGAGCUUUUCUCAGCUGUCUUCCAAGUAUUAUUUUUAUUGAUAAGAAAACAAAGAAAAAGAGGGGAAAAAAAAAAAGUUAAAAGAAUAAAAAAUGUGAAAUGUAAUUUUUACAGCAGCAAUAUGAAAUAUAUUUUAUAAGAAAUAAAAAGAAAAGUUACCUGGUA